CCCAUUGGUCUUUUUUGUCGAUCAGCUUGCGCGCGGCUGUUUUAAGGCGACAGACAGCAACAAUCCGUGGAAAGAAGCAGAUCUUUACAGAAGUGAUGGCGAUGAGAAGUGAAGUGAGAAAUGAAGCUGCAGAGGUGGAUGAGGAGAAUUAUGGCCCRCAGCCUCUCAGCAGACUGGAGCAAUCUGGAAUCAGUGCCAGUGACAUCAAGAAACUGGAGGAUGCAGGAUUUCACACGGUGGAAGCUGUGGCCUACGCACCCAAGAAGGAGCUGCUCAGUAUUAAAGGAAUCAGUGAAGCCAAAGCUGACAAAGUCUUGGCUGAAGCUGCCAAACUGGUACCGAUGGGUUUUACCACAGCGACAGAGUUCCACCAGAGGAGAGCAGAGAUCAUCCAGAUCUCCACAGGCUCCAAGGAGCUGGACAAACUGUUGCAGGGUGGGAUUGAGACGGGCUCCAUCACCGAGAUGUUUGGAGAGUUUCGAACGGGGAAGACUCAGCUGUGCCACACUCUGGCUGUUACCUGUCAGCUGCCUAUUGAUCAGGGAGGAGGAGAGGGGAAAGCCAUGUACAUCGACACAGAGGGAACUUUCAGACCUGAGAGACUCCUCGCUGUGGCUGAGAGGUACGGGCUGGUAGGAAGUGAUGUUUUAGACAAUGUAGCCUACGCCCGGGCCUUCAACACGGACCAUCAGACUCAGCUGCUCUACCAAGCAUCUGCCAUGAUGGCCGAGUCCAGUUUGGUGUUGCAGUAGUCAUAACCAACCAGGUGGUGGCGCAGGUCGACGGGGCAGCCAUGUUUUCUGCAGACCCCAAGAAACCAAUUGGAGGGAACAUUUUGGCUCACGCCUCCACCACACGUUUGUACCUGAGGAAGGGUCGAGGAGAAACCAGGAUCUGUAAGAUCUACGACUCUCCCUGCCUGCCAGAGGCCGAGGCCAUGUUUGCCAUCAACGCUGAUGGUGUUGGAGAUGCUAAGGACUGACAGCAGUAACCUGCGUACUCUGAAUUUCUGUGUGUGUGUGCACGURUUUUCACUUUGUCUCCAUGAAGACGUUUCAGACAGUCUACAUUUCCUGUAAACAUCAGAUCACAUGAUCCUUGGAACACAGAUACGUUUGUCCACCUUUCUUAUUUUCACUUGAUGUGUACAAAAAACCUCAAGUUUUCAUGUGAUUCAAAGUGAUUUUGUAAAAUAGGCCAACAUCUUUUUGUUUUAAGUGACUUCUGUUUGUGUUUGUGUUUGUGUACAUAAAUCUUGUCGAACGACUUUGUAACAAAGCUGCAUCUAAAUGUAAAAUAUUUUCUUCCUGCA